UGUCCACCAAAAGUCUGAUGCCCAUUUUGGUCUCAUCAGACAACAUGGAGUCUCCCAUAUGCCUUUUGGUAAACUCUAGUCUAGGUAAAUGCUUUUUAUAGGCACUGUAUUUCUUAUCUGAAUUAGGUCUGCCAGCAUAACUAAAUUAAACACAGUGGAAAUAGGCCCAUAAUUAGUGCAUUUGUUUUUUAAAUUGCAUUAAUCACAUGCUUUAUUGUCCCUUUCAGCACACUAUGCUCCCUACCCCACAGUGAUGUAAAACCACCAUCUCUCCUUAAUAUCUUAUUUCACUUUUUAAAAAACUCACAGACGGCUCAGUGGACUAGUCCAAAGCCAUCUACGCCUUGUGCUAUCAAGCAUUUCUCUUUUUACUGUGCCUUUAUUUUCUUUUCAAUCCGUAUCAAGUGUCUUUUUCCGUGGUAAGUUAUGUCUAAUUUUGUACGUACCCAAAGUUCUUUUAUUUCAUUUCAAAAUAAAAGAAGGUCUAUACCCAAGCAGGAACUUGGAGCAGGAGUACCAUUAUUACAAGAUAGUUCAAAAAUCAAAAAUAGAAUACAAACAGCUUUAAAUACAAAUGGUGGAAUUUAAAAACGUGACAAAAACAGGAGGGUAAUUGCAAUGAACUAUUCUGAGAGUAUUCAUGAUUUGAAAAAAAAAAAAAAAAAAGAUAAUUUGACAGCCUAAUCUAAUCCCAAUAGCCUUAUAUUGUUUAGAGCACCACCUUUAUGAUUCUCCUUCUAUUAAUGAUUGUGUUAAAAACGUAUGUAGUGUACGCUAUUUAUCUGUCAAGCGGCAAUUCAUUUUGCAUAACUCAUAAUUAACAGACAUAAAUAGAAUACAAAAGUAUAUUUAUAGGAGGUUAAAUUAUGAACUAGUGACUGAAGCUGGUGAACUGAUUAAUUGACUAUAUAUAUACAAACUAGUUCAGACAGGUGUUUUUUCUUAAACCCUACCAUCAAAACUUCUUAAUGAGGUCUCAGACCACAGACUGGGGAUUGCUGCAUCUUACUUCAUUUCCAUCUCACGCACUGUUGUUGAUAUAAGUUUUUAAAAGCACAGUACAGCACAUGGAAAAUAACAGUGUUCAAUGGUGCAACAAUAGUAACGGAAAAUUGUGAUCAAAGUGUCUGUAACAUCACGCAAUCUCAGGAAGUUAUAAUUGUGAAAUGUGCACAGUCACUCGCUCACUCACAUCCUCUGGCCAAUUGUUCACUCAUGCUUUCAUUGUUGUAAAGAAAUUCAAUGGGAAGAGAUUAACAAGCUGUGAAUAAUUAAAAAUGAUCCUGACAUUUUGUGUCAUUUCCAAGUAAUUCAUACCAAUUAACGAUAGCAGUUCUCUAUCAGGCACACUCCCUGCUUGUGUAUAUGAGUGUGAGAGAGCAGCAGUCUGUGGUACGCAGUAUGUGCCUCUCUCCCUCACCAGCACAUGACCUGUAAUACUCCAUAUGGCCUGAUGACGUCUAAACUUCCUAAUCUCCCCCUCCCCAGCUCACUCUCUCUCUCCCUGAGGUUUUAUAGGCAGCAGUGAGGAGUGGGAAGUCAGAUGUCUGUGUUCACUCAGAGACAAACAUUUCUCACUGCCUGCUUUUGCAGUGAAAACAGAAAUCAGCUGAAUCUGUUAGUGUGACCGAAGGGUUAAAAGGAGGCAUUAAAGACAUUUAAUUCAAGUGCAGAGAGGACAGAGCGGUGAACAGUGAUGGAGACUAUGGUGUGUCCGAUGGGUGGGGGGGCCACCAGGCUGUACAGCAUCCUGACUCCCACACUCAGUGGCAGGUCACCUCUCCCACUCCCUCCAGACCAUCUGGGACCAUGCCAGCCUGUGGACGCAAAUCUGGAUCCAGUUUUCUGCCAGGAGCAGAAUGGCUCCCCUUUAUGUCCCCCUGAUCCAGCAGACCUGCUCCGACAAUGCAAGGAGGCCCUCAGAGACAGACCACCACGCAUUCAUAGGAAGUUCACUUACCUCAAUGAUGAAAACAGCGCCCCCAGCAGCCCUAUUAGGGUGAUGCAAUGGAACAUACUGGCUCAAGCUCUUGGCGAGGGACUUGACGGUUUUGUCCAGUGUCCCAUGGAGGCUCUCAGCUGGUCCAGAAGGAAGUACCUCCUAUUGGAGGAGAUCCUCACCUACCGACCUCAUAUCCUGUGUCUGCAGGAAGUCGACCAUUACUAUGACACCUUCCAGCCAGUCUUGGCAGGCCUGGGUUACAGCAGCAACUUUUGCCCUAAACCCUGGUCACCUUGUCUGGAUGUGGAGGGCAACAACGGGCCAGAUGGCUGUGCGCUGUUUUUUGAUCAGUCUAGAUUCGAGUUUCUGGACAGCGUGAGCAUAAGGCUCUCUGCGAUGAGAAUUCCAACCAAUCAGGUUGCUGUGGUGACAAUGCUACGUUGUCGGGGUACAGGAAGAUGUCUGUGCGUGGCUGUGACCCACUUAAAGGCACGUUCUGGCUGGGAGUGGCUCCGCAGCGCCCAAGGUACUGACCUCUUGCGACACCUCCAGAAUCUAGUACAGAAGCAUCCCACAGAGCCUAUGGGUGCCCCCAACACUGACAUUCCCCUCCUAGUGUGUGGUGAUUUUAACGCAGUCCCAACUGAGGAGGUGUACCGACGUUUCGCUACGUCAACUCUUGGGUUGGACUCAGCAUAUAAAAAACUCAGCCAGGACGGUUUGACUGAGCCGGAGUACACGACGUGGAAGAUCAGGCCUACAGGGGAAUGUUGUACCACUCUGGACUACAUCUGGUACAGUCAGGACUCUCUGAGAGUGGACACAGUGUUGGACAUGCCCACAGAGGAACAGAUUGGGCCAAACAGACUCCCGUCCUUUAGUUAUCCCUCCGACCAUCUUUCUCUGGUUUGUGACUUGAGCUUCAAAGAGGAGUGAAGAGGAAAUGAUGGACCAGCACACAGGAAGGGAAUGAGAAUCCUGAAUGCAUCUUGGUGUGUAGAUGAGGAUGAUGACAGGACUGAGAUUUCAAACUGCAAUUUUUAAUUCAGAGUGACUGACAACUAAGUGUUUUUGCUUUAUGUAUGUGAGGUUUAUACCUAAAGCCUUUUGCUGCUGCAAAGUAGUAAUAUGUAGAUUCAAAUGCUCUUUAUUGGCUGGAAUUAAAGGGUCUGUUCAGUCCAGUUUUUAUUGGUAAAAGUAUUAUCUGCAUCUGCAAAUAAAUGUAAUUUUGUAUGUGCUGCCGACAGCAUUGAAUAAUAAACCUGAAAUUGUA